CAUUACGAGUAAAUUAAUGUGCUGGUGGUGGUAUGGCGGCGGCUGUAUCUCGUUCGUCCAUUGUCGUCUCGUCGUUUGAGCGUUUCGGCGUGAAUGAGCUUUCGUCUCUGUUGAUUCUGUUUUGUUUUUGUUUGCGUUUUGUUUAUUUCGUUUUCCGUUUUGAUUUGGUCUGACUGACUGUUUGUCUAUGCGUCUGCCCGCCUGCCUGUCGGUUUUGUGUGUCUGUUUUCGCAGUAAAUGCAAAUAUGAACCGUGUUUGUGUUUUGUUGUUUAGUUCACUCGUGGCCGUGGCCCUUGACAGUUGUCUAUUUUUUUAUAUUGCGUUGCGAUACGUCCGUUGGCCCCUUCGUACCGUCCGUUUGUUGUGGUAGUCUUCAAUCGUUUUACGCGCCGUUACAAGUGAUUUCAAACAAAAAUUCGAAUUUGUGCGUGUGAAAGCAAAGUUUUACCAAAAUUGCUUCCCAAAUUAUUCCGUUGAAUAAUUAUUUGGAAAUUAUUGAAGUGAAAUUUUGAAAACCCAUUUAACAACUACAAGCCACAUUUACAAAAAAAAUAAUAAUUAAAAAAGUCAACAAUUAAACACCCGAAAACGAAUCAUCAUGGGCUGUGCUACCAGAACCAUAAAAUGUGUCCUUUUAAUAUUCAACACGCUGUGGGCCAUCUUUGGCAUUUUACUAUUGCUAUUAGCAGGAUUUGGAUGGGAGGCUAUGCCCCAGCAUUAUGCCAUCGGGUUUAUUGCUCUGGGAUGUGUUAUUCUAUUAACAGCCUUAUUUGGAUGCUUUGGAUCCGUAAGAGAGUCUGCACGCAGCCUAUGGACGUAUGCUGUCAUGUUGCUGAUAAUUUUGGUAUUGACCAUUGUCUUCAUUUGCCUGAACACGCGGGAUGUCUUUAAAAACUAUGCGGUACAAGAAGUCAAUGGACUGUGGGAACAGGAAAUGACAAGUCCCGGAGCCAUGGACCAAAAGCAGAUAGUUUAUGAAUGCUGCGGCCGCAUGGGUCCAGAUGACUACUUACUUGCUGGGCGUGUUACUCCAUCCAGUUGUUGCAAGGAGAGCAAUUGCAUAAACCCUUUGAAUAUUUACAUGGAUGGUUGUCUGGCGAAAAUAGAACAAGCCUUCUCCAAUGAAGCGUUGACAACACAAAUUUCCGAAUGGGUUCUAUUGGGUCUCAAUAUUGUUGUUCUCGCCAUGUCGAUUCUGUUUGCCAUCCAUUACACUAACCAAAGACGCCGUUUUAAUUAUUAGUAAAUGGUCUCGCCACUCCGUUUCUUCCAAAAAACUAUAGCAAAGAUCAAGAACUUGCCACUACCUCCGAGCAACAAUUGAAGUCACGCGUACCUUAAAUACAAAAACACUACUUACAAUUCUAAAAGAUUGAUAGACAACACAUUUUUAUAUUGUAUAUUUUUUUAUUUUUUUAAGAUUAUUUAAUAACUAUUCAUUUUUGUUAUUGAUGAAUUCGAAUAUGUAUUUUUGAUAAGCUAAUUUAAACAUUCAAAUAAAUUGUAUAUAUUAUUGUAGAACAAAACAAA